AUGGGCCAUCGCGAGAAGGAGUACUCGGCGCUCGACCUCAAGGCUGGCGAGGUGCAGGUCGAGGUCUUCGUCGCUGGCGACGGCGUCAACUACCCGCGUAAAGGUCAAACGGUCGUCGUCCACUACACGGCUUACCUCCAAGAUGGCAAGAAGUUCGACUCGUCGCGCGACCGCGACAAGCCUUUCAAGUUUAAGCUCGGGGCGGAGCAAGUGAUUCCGGGCUUGGACGAAGGCAUCGAGCGGCUCUGCAUGAAGGAGCGCGCCAAGAUCUACAUUCCUGCCGACAAGGCGUACGGGAAGCGUGGCUUUCCAGGACUAUAUCCUUUUUUGUAUCUGCCGCCCAACACCAACCUCGUCUUUGACAUUGAGCUCGUGACGUUCAAGUGA